AUCUCCUUUGCAGUAACAGACACCUGAAGCCCAGAGACACUGGGAGUCUCUAGGGGCUCCUGCCUUAUUCUCCUAGAUGCGCUAAGAACAACCUGGGGGUGAUCUUACGGUCUGUUCAGACCUCCAAGGGGACACUGCCCCGUCUCAGGUCGGAUCUCUGGUUGGAGGAGAGGAAGGGAGAUGACCUCAGAGGCGAGGGCAGUGGUUAUGGGGAGUGCACCACGCCUCCCAUAAGUGGCCAGCACCAAGCCAAGACCACCGGCUUAUAAAGUGGGGCCAAGAGAAACCAACGUUCCCCCAAUGAGACCAGAGUCGUGAAGAUAAGCACAGCACCCAGGCAGCCCACCCCCAGGAGAAGGAGGAGAGCCCCCCUCUGAGUCCACCAGCGGCUUCCUCCAAAACACCACCGCAAGCACCCAGCUCUGCCGUCCAACCGCUUUGCAAGCCAAGCUCCAAAGCCUCUUCUAAGACCCUCGACAACUUUCCGCAAUGGCCUCCUCCAAGCCCUUCCAUGUGGUCACUCCGCUGCGGGUCAGCCCCCACCUCUCCAAAUUGGCUGGUACCAAGGUCUACCUGAAGCUCGAAAACUCCCAACCCACCGGCUCCUUUAAGAUACGAGGCAUAGGGAACUUCUGCAAAGCGAUGGCCGAAAAAGGCAGCAAGGAGUUUGUCUCCGCCUCAGCUGGGAAUGCCGGCCUCGCAACUGCCUACUGCGCCAAACUGUUGGAGAUCCCAGCUACCAUCUACGUGCCCCGAUCCACGCCAGCUUUCACUGUGGAGCGCAUGAAAGACGAGGGAGCCACGGUGUGCUUUGGGCAGACGCUGGACGAAUGCAAGAACAUAGCCCAGGAGAUGGUAAAGAGAAACUCUGAUUGGACCUUUGUGCCUCCCUUCGGUGACCCUCUCAUCAGUGAAGGGCACAAGACCAUGGUCACAGAGAUGAAGGAGCAGAUGGAGUCCAAACCUGGAGUGAUAGUUCUCUCUGUCGGAGGGGGCGGCAUGCUCUGUGGGGUGAUCCAGGGCCUCCGUGAGGUGGGCUGGGAUGACGUACCCAUCAUCGCCAUGGAGACCUGGGGAGCUCACAGCUUCCAUGCUGCCUUGAAACAAGGGGAGCUGGUGACACUGCCCAAAAUUACCAGCAUUGCGACCACGCUUGGGGCAGCUACUGUGGCAGAAGAAGCUUUGAAGCUGGCUCAAGAACACUGCGUCAUAUCACAGGUCGUCACCGACCCGGAGGCAGUGGCAGGCAUUCCGAAGUUUUUGGACGCAGAGAAGAUCCUGGUGGAGCCAGCGUGCGGGGCAACCUUGGCAGUCAUCUACAGCGGGCUGAUCAAAACGCUGCAAAAGGAGUGCAAACUCCCCCGUGAUCUGGAGUCCAUGGUCAUCAUUGUGUGCGGUGGCAACAACAUCACCCUGGAGGAACUGGAUCGCCUCAAGGAUGACCUGUGCAUGAACCAUAGAAUGAAGGAAUAUGUGGAGUGCAAGGUUGCCCUGGCAAAAUGGAACCAUGCAAGCAAUUCGGGGACAUUCACAGCUUCACUCCAAAAAUCCUUGGGGGCGUGUGGUCAUUAAAACUCACGGCUGCUUCACACA